AUGAUUAACUUUAUGAAUGGUCAACCAUCGCUUGAUGUGUUACCAACAAAGUUAUUCUCGGACGCUGCUGUGAAAGCUCUCAGUCGACCUAAUGCUGCCAAUGACCUCUUACAGUACGGACCAGAGUAUGGUCACACUGAAUUUUUAAACAAUCUAGCGAUUUUCCUCUCCAAGGAAUAUCAAUCGUUUGUGUCCAGUCGACAUUUAUGUGGUACACCCGGUGCCUCGUUAUCUUUACAGCAUAUCCUCACCAUCCUCACACGACCUCAAAGUACGACACAGUACGUCUACUUUCAAGAUCCCACUUAUUUUCUCUCAUUUGAGAUAUUUACCAGUGUUGGUUUCCGACGUGAGCAAUUUCGAGGUAUUCCUGAACAAGACGACGCCAGUGGUAUGGAUCUUGAUAGAUUAGAAGACUUUCUAAGGGGUCAACCUGUGAAAAGGGGUGAUAUCUUUGAUUCGGUCUUAUAUUGUGUUCCCACACAUGCGAAUCCAACAGGGUCCAUUUUAUCUGCGUCCAAAAGAAGACGACUUGUCCAAUUGGGUCGCAAAUACAACAUGCUGAUUAUUUGUGACGAUGUGUAUGAUAUCUUGACUUUUCAGGGUGAGAUACCCCAACGGGUGGUAGCUUAUGAUCUAUUGGAGGAUGGAAAUGAAAAACAUGUGGUCAUUAGUAACGGUUCCUUUUCCAAGAUUUUGGCACCAGGUGCAAGAGCAGGGUGGAUUGAAGCUGGUGAAACCAUUAUUAAGCAAGUGGCUGCCUGGUAA